UGGAUGACAUCAAGGCCGGCGGUAAGCUCGUGCGCACGCGCAAAGGCGCUGUGUGCGGUUGCCUUGGCAGCGGAGGAGGAAGAGGCGGAGCGUCAUGGUGAGACCCUUAUGAAGAGGACCAGAGCCGUGCACGGUAACGCCAGGGGUUUAUUAAGGAGGCUCCAUGGCUAAAGAUCCGUUGGCUGAAGCUGGCUUCCACUUUGAUGAGCUAAACAAGCUGCGGGUUCUGGAGCCAGAUGUGAGCCAGAACACGGCAGAGCUGAAGGAGGAGUGCAGAGAGUUUGCGGACAAGAUCGGACAUUUCCAUAAGAUUGUGGACGGUCUCAUCAGUACAGUGGACGGGUUGGCCAAGGAGGCGGAGACUGAGAAGAUGAAGGCCAUUGGAGCCAGAAACCUUCUGUCAUCAGUGGCGAAGCAGAGGGAGGAGCAUCAGCAGCUGCUACAGGCACUGAUCGCUGAGAAGAAGAUGCAGCUUGAGAGGUACCGGGUGGAGUACGAAGCUCUGUCCCAAGUGGAGGCGGAGCAGAGCGAAUUCAUCAACCAGUUCAUCCUGCAGAAGUGAGGCCCAACUCACCUGUCUGAAGCUGCUGCCUACUGCUGAGCCCCCUUUCUAUCGGGGGGGGGGUCCCGAUGGAGCUCCAGGAAGCAUUAGGACCUGACACGAAUACAAGCUGAAACCCAAACCGGGUCUGACUCAGCAGGUGCUGUUUACAUAUUAGUUCUUGGGACGUGGAGCAAUUGUGAUGUACAAUAAUGUUUUCUUCUUCAAACUACAUCCGUUUCCUUCCUAGACUUGAGGAAUGGGUGAUGGUGUCAAACACUGUAAGCAGUUAAAACAUCAUCCCACCUGUAAAGUUAUCCUGAAUAAAAAUAAAAAAAGAAAACAAAAACCUU